AACACCUCUGUAGUGCGCUUAUCAACGCCGCGACGGAACAACAGCAAAGUUGCUCGAGCAGGUUCCAAAUCGGUCCCACUGACACACUCACUCAAUAUCUUCGGUAUCAGCGAGUAUGCAUCAAGUACUCUCCCUUCGCCUCCGCACCUCUUUCGCCUGUAGUUCUUGCAGUUGCACGACAUCCGUAGGAUUUCAAUCUGUUUGUCACGCCUUCCUUCGGAAUAAACCAAGUGGUAUCUUGUGCAUUUUAGUUAUCUUCAGUCGCUUAGCUUCAUCGACAACGUUAUUCAAUCAUCCACAUGCUUACCUCUUCUGCAACUCGUACUUGUGUUGAGCACAGGCUCGCUCACCCAUCGUCCAAGCUGCCUAAAUUUAGGCUUGGAAGGACCGCGGCCACCACGAUAAGAAGAGUUAUAUUACUUCUAGGUAGCCAAUCAAUGUUGAUAAAAGGUAAUUGAAUCGUGUAUGCUAGAAUGUAAAACGAGCACUUAGCACUAACACUAACUACACGACUAUUAUAACUAGAAGUGCAUAAUUAAAUUUCAAUUUGACGAGCCAAAAAUAGAAAUAGAUCAAAAAAGAUGGUUUCCAUGGGAAUGGUGUGUGGUGGAGGCGUGCUCACGUUGUUCGUCAUGAGUAUGAUUGGCAAAAAUGUGAAGAAGCGACGAAAACAAACGGGCGCAAAAUAUGUGGGGCAAGGGAGAAAGAAGGACACUGAUCCUCGAGCAUCCUCAUAGCAUCACGCACUAUCUUGUUCUUGAUGGGGGAACAAGAUCCUCAUUUUUAUAGCUGAACUUGGUUGUGUUCGGGCCUGCUGAUUUCUGUCAUUGUGAAGUACUGACUUCUAGUAGGCACAAUCACCUCGAUGAGAAACCUACGUAGCUGCUACACCACAUUCCUGGAUUUUUUUAUAUUUAAUCGAAGUAAAAUUGCAUGAUGAUGCCUUCUCACACCUUUGUGCGGAGUCAAUAAUUAGCCCUCAAAGCUAUCGAGAAGAGCAAUCGCAAGUAAAACCUCC